UUUUUUUGUUGGCGAUUUUUAUUCAAGUCACAAGGCAUUAUCUCACCCAUCUCUUGCAUUCCUAAGCCUUUUCUCCCUGGAAAAACCAGCUAAUUAAAGCGACCUUAUGUAUCCAUUUGUUUCAGCAGAGAGGAUCAGGAAGAGCAAGUAGAAAGAUCAAUAUGGGAAACUGUCUGGCCCGUCAAUCUGAUUCUCCAAAUUCUCAUCGCAACUCCAACAAUGGCUCCAACAACGAUCAUUUGGGGAGCAGCCAAUUACCCAUUAGACACGGUACCUCGAGACUCUUGCAGAGUACAAGCAAUUCCACUUUGCUAGGACGAAGCAGCACAUCUGCCGGAAAUAGCAGGCUAUUUGGACCAAGUAGCAGCAACACAUACACAACCAGCAAUACUAAUACAUCUCUUCUAGGCUGUGAUAUUAGCCAAACAGUUAACGUAAGAGAUGAAGAGGAGUUUCCUAAUGGGCAGAUCUUGGAUGUGGCAAACUUGAUAAAUUUCACUUUUGAGGAACUGAAGGCAGCAACUAGAAAUUUCAGACCUGCGUCUGUACUAGGAGAGGGAGGUUUUGGCACAGUGUACAAGGGAGAGCUUAACGGGGGAACAUCAUCAGGAGCUACAAGAGACGGGCGAUUGGCUGUCGGCAUCAAGAGAUUGAACUCUCAUAGCACACAAGGACCUAUGGAAUGGCAGUCAGAGGUGAAUUUCUUAGGAAGGCUUUCUCAUCCUAACCUUGUCAAGUUGUUUGGAUUUGGAAGGGAAAAUGGAGAGUUAUUUCUGGUGUAUGAAUUCAUGCACAAAGGCAACUUGGGUAACCACCUAUUCGGAAGAGGUUCAAAUGUACAGCCACUUUCAUGGGACACAAGGCUAAAGAUUAUAAUUGGAGCAGCUAGGGGCCUAGACUUCUUACACUCACGAGUGAAUAGAAUCAUAUACAGAGAUUUUAAGCCAUCCAAUAUCCUACUUGACAAGAACUACACUGCCAAGUUAUCAGACUUUGGUUUGGCCAAAGCGAUUCCUUCUGAUGAUAGAUCCCAUGUGACAACAAGGGUUAUGGGAUCUCACGGUUAUGCUGCACCUGAGUACGUUGCCACAGGUCACCUGACUGUGAAAAGUGAUGUGUAUGGGUUUGGAAUUGUUUUGGUGGAGAUACUGACGGGCAAAGCAAUAAAUGAUAUACUGCGUAAGCAUCUGGGUCACGGCCAAUCAUUGAUCGGCUGGCUCAAAUCAAAUCUGUUGAGAAAAGGGAACAUGAUAAACACAAUGGACAGUAAAUUGGAGGGGAGAUAUCCACCCAGGUUAGCAUUGCAAGUCGCUCAGCUUGCUUUUAAAUGUGUCCAAACGGAAUAUAAAUUCAGGCCAUCGAUGAGGGAAGUUGUUGAGACAUUGGAAAAAGUAGAGGCAGCUCAACUCAAUGGUCGGCCAGAUGGAGGUUGAAUUGGCGAGUUGAUUUUGACACAAAACAAAAUGUCCAAGAAAUUCUCAGGUACAUAAAUGGAUAGAGUUACUUGUAUCUGUGCGCGCAGGAGCUAGCGGUCGCAUGUUUUUUCCCCCUUUUUGCUACUCAAAGGUGUCCUGUUAAGGAGCCUGAGUCACUAUUAGGGUUACUUUUUGGUGGGGAUUCAAACUUCGUUCUUAAGAUUAGCCCAUUCUAUUCUAUUAGAUCCAAUGACUCAAAUCCAACAUAGGGACAUUUAUCUGUUUGUUUAUGAUCGAUUUGAUUUAUAUUUUUGUAAACUCAAGCAAGAGUCUUUCCCGAGAGGUCUCUGUUCUGCUGAAAUAUGAUUGAGCUUUGAAGUGGGCAUUGAUAAGAACUUGAUGAUGAGAUCAGUCAAAGGA